AUGAGUUACUCCCUCAUGUUGUCCGGCAACGGCAAGGUGGACGCCUGCGUAGGUGAGGCCUCCGGCAUUAGCGAGGAGGAAGUCUGCGUGGGUGAUGACGACGCCUGCAAGGGCGAGGCCUCCGUCGUGCUCUCCGGCAAGAGCAGGUACGCCGUCAAGCGCAGAGGUACGGCGGAGUAUCCCUGCGUGAAGCGGCUCCGCGAGCGGCGCCUCCUCUCCUUCCUGCAGGACCAAGGCUUCCACGGCGCCUUCCAAGCGCUGGUCGACAAGACUCCGGUGAUCUUCCGAGUGCGGCACAUACGGCUGCUGGUCGAGCAAGGCCGCUGGGCGGACGCCCUCAGCUACCUCAACGCCUACCUGCCGCCGCUCGUCAAGAAUCACACGAGGAGCCGCCGCGCCCAGCUCUUCCAUAACUUCCUAUGGAUGCACUACCGCUUCGCCAACGCCGUCGCCGGCAACAGGGAAAACCAGGAGUACCUGGAAAGGCGUUACGGAAAGAACUCAAGGAGCUCCACCCUCGCCGAGCUCAGGUUCCGUCGUAUCGCCUACACCAUACUUGCCUCAGAGCCCCACCAGCUCGUGGCCACCUACGACUGGAACCAAGUGAGGCAGCACGCCUCGUUUCUAGUCGACUAUCUGGCCAACACUACGCCAGAGCUCAGACGCUCCAUGCCAUUGCCGUCUCGCUACAUGAUGCCACAGCAUGUACUUCCAAUUGGAUCCGGCCGUUUGCACUGGAGGGGGCAUCGCCUAGUGAAGAAACAAGGUCCCAAGAAGCCAGACACAGAAGCUAUCCUAGUGGCCUUGAAGAGCCUCUACAGGGAUCCAAGAGCCGAGUCAAACAAUGACGCGCUGGAAAUGUUGGUGGAUUUACUUGAUCAAACUUUUCAGGCUGGUCUACGUAGAGGCUGCAAUCUAAGCUAUGCAUCUCAGCCAAGUGUAAAGGAAGGUGGUCCUGAUGCUCCGGAUGUGGAGUCUAUGCUCGGCAGCCCCACAGAUAAUCCUGAAGGCCAUGCCACAUCAUCAGUGCUUUUUUUCUGUUUCUCCAUUUUUCCAGAUCCGUUCUUCUGGUCCUUUGGAAGUACGUUCUCAAAACCCAGGAAUCUCAUCAGUGACAGACGCAGGUGGUCCCGAUGCUCGGGAUGUGCAGUCUAUCCUAGGCAGCUCCAAAGAUAAUGCUGAAGGCCAUGGCACAUCACCAGUGAAAUUUUGUGUUGCUCCAGUUUUGAAGAUCAUUUCUGGUGCUUUGAAAGUUCAUUCUCAAAACCCUGGAAUCUCAUCAGUGAUGAAUGCAGGCGCAAAUAAGGAUUUAAUACAAGGAGGUUGUCAUACUGAGAAUCCAAGCAAAGGAUCGACAAGUGUUGAGGAUGAUAUUUAUUCAAAAAAAAAGCAACGGACGACUGGGGCAUUUGGUGAAGUGAGCUCGGUAUCGGCGAUUGGAGGCCGUGCGUCCACUGACACUCUAGUGAACGUCAUGCCAAAGCUGAGUCGUGUCUCUUCUUUCUGAGGAGAUGGUUGAUGGGCUGCCGAUCCUGUUGCAGCUAGCAUUUGGUUGUUUCGUUUCUGUUGCUGCUAUACCACUUAGUACUUGCGCCUUCAUUAUGUUACCUGCUUGAGGCUUUGCAGCUCUCAUAGAACUAGAUGUGUCAUGUUAUCAUGCUUGCUACCUUAUGAAUUAGUAGUACUAUCGUUAAAACUGUAUCAGCGAAACUAGUAAAUCAUCAGA